AUGGCGAUGGCGCUUACUAUAAGCAGCGCCGUCACGGCCUCUCGCCCCUGUGGCGACGCCAAGACCCGCCACAGAUUCGCAGCAGCCGCCACCCUUUCGUGCGUCCACGCGAAGGCCGCAGCUUUCUCCCACUCUCUCCUUCUGCUCCUCCUGCUCUUGCCGUUUCUCACCUCCUCGGGCACUGUAGCCGCUUACUGCCUCGCGGCUGCCUCUCACUCCGCGCACCACUCUGCUUCCCAGCAGCCAGGGGUAGAAUCACUUCCAGUAAAGCUAUCACCGUCAGCAUCAGCACACACGAAUCCUCCAGUAUCUCAUCACAUUCACGCCGCUUCGUUUGCGCAUUCGUCCGCAGUUCAGUCCGCCUCCCUGCGCCGCCGACAGCAGCGGCGUGGGGUAUCACGGCUGGGGGUGGUUCCUCCGCUGAUUUCCCCCAAGGGACGGCGAGUGACCAGCGGCGCUGGCGGCGAGAGCCGCAAUGCCCCGGGGAACAGGCGCCGCCGGUCGUUGCUGAGAGAAGGGGCGAAGGCGCUGGAUACAGCAGGAGGUGCAGCAGCAGCAGCUGGAAGUGGAAAUUCUGGCGUGGCGAGUCUUGCACUGGUAGAACCACACUUGGCGGCGUUGCUGCAGCUACAGCAGGCGUGGGGCGCGUGGGCGGGUAACAGCAACGCCUCCACGGCGUGCUCUGCAUGGGCCGGCAUCACGUGCAACCCUAAAGGGCUCGUUGUAGCGCUGGAUACAAAGGCUUUUCCUCUCGAUCCUCCCCUCAGUGGUGCCAUACCUGCCUUCAUCACGAAUCUCGCCACUCUCCAAUAUCUUGAUCUCAGCUAUGUUAAUCUGGAGGGGACCAUUCCAUCCCUUGCCAGCCUCACCCGCCUCACCCACCUGUACGUUUCAUUCUCACACUCUUUGCAUCCAUCCCCGCUUCCUCGUUAUGCUCUCUCCCUCCACCCGUUCUCUCUUCUCUCCCUCCACCCGUUCUCUCUUCUCUCCCUCCACCCGUUCGCUCUUCUCUCCCUCCACCCGUUCUCUCUUCUCUCCCUCCACCCGUUCUCUCUUCUCUCCCUCCACCCGUUCUCUCUUCUCUCCCUCCACCCGUUCUCUCUUCUCUCCCUCCACCCGUUCUCUCUUCUCUCCCUCCACCCGUUCUCUCUUCUCUUCCUCCACCCGUUCUCUCUUCUCUUCCUCCAUAUGCUCUCUUGCUCCAAUCGCUCUCCCUUCCCUCCCUCUGUGUGCUCACUCACUUUACACGCUUUCUUUUCCCUCCGCUAUCCGCACUCACUCCACGCGCUCUCUCUUCCCUCCUCUUUUCUCACUCACUCCACUCGCUCUCUCUUCCCUCCUCUUUCCUCACUCACUCCACUUUCUCCCUCUGUGCGCCCACCACCCACCACCAGCGGUCUCGUUGACCUCUCGUUGUUCACAGGGGACUUGUCCUCCCUUGCAGUUCUAUCUCAUCUGGAGAGCCUCCAGGACUUAACGAUCACCGGCCUCACGAAUGCAACAGGGGAAAUUCCCAGGGAAAUCCGAUACCUGACUGCCCUCACUUCCCUUGACCUGGCAUACCUCCGUGCAUUGGACUUCCCCAAGCGGGUCACUCAGAUCUCCAACCUCCAGUACCUUGACCUGGCAUACCUUCGUGCCUUGGACUUUCCCAAGUGGGUUACCCAGCUCUCCAACCUUCAGUACCUGUAA